UUAAAUUGAGAAUGAUUCUAAACCGAUCUAAAUCAACAGUUGAAUCUCAAAUAUGUCCAGAUCAAAUGAGUUAAAGUUGAUUGAACAUAAUUUAAAUAAUCAGUAUUCUAAUGAUAUAAUAAUUUUUGUGGAUUUAAGAUGAUUUUUGUUUCAGUUUUCAUAAAUUUAUCUAUAUAUUCAUUUGGUAUUACUAUUUAAUUGCCAUCCUUUUCUCCACCCAGCUAAUGCUCAGCCUUAAUCUUAAUUAGAAGUAAUGGAACCUAACAGAAUUUAGUUUGUGUCCAUAUACUUUUGUCUGUUUCAAGCAUAAUACAUUUAGAUUUUAUGCCUGUGAGAGCAUGUAAAGAGAUUGGGUAAAAAAAUCAAUGUGUUGUGUUGGCUGGGAUCUGUUAAAAAUUGUCUAUGUGAUAGAUCAGGGGAAAUAUAGAGUGAAACUGAAGAAGCUGCCUUUGCAUUAGCCUUUUAGGAAAUACAUAUGUCAUGUAAAAACAAUAAAAUAAAAUCAGGUAAUCUGGUAGAUUUGAGCUAAGAUAAUGUUUUGUUUACUUGAAGAUAUUGCUGUAAUUCCCUUUCAAGCCAUGUUUGUGUGAUCAUAGGAAUUAGGUUAUGUUCUUACCUCAUGUUAGCUCGUGCUUGGUACCUAAAACCAUGAUAGUGCUAAUGAAGGUGAAAUUUGUAUGGUUUCAACUGUAUUCCUGCUGGUGAAUGUACAUCUGCUUAUUAGAGCUUGCCUUCACCUGCCAGCAUGUGAAGUCUACCAUCUCUCUGGAUUUUCAUGAGGAUUUUCUUAAUUACUAUGUUUAUGUUCUGUGUCUGUACUGCAGAGCAGCUGUGCUCCUGGUCUCCUGGCAGAGACAGUGAAGGUGUAUGGAGCACACUACAGGACAUAGAUUUAUUGGAGAAUAGUUCCCUUUCUGGUCAUGAUGCAUCUCGAUUCUGUCUCUAAAUGCGGUUUCUUUCCUUGGAGGCGAUUUCCAUAUUUCUCUUGUGUUUUUUUUGCUUGUGAGUGUAAGAAGCUUCUUCCAUCUCACACUGAACUGAUCCAAAAGUGGUAGUUUCUCCUUGGAAAUUCUUGCACAUGGUGUUUAUCUCACUGUUUACCUAUUUGGAGAAAAAAAAUGUAUGCAAGCUGUUUGUUUCUGCUAACUGCUAAGAGGCAUAAGAUUGAAGUGAGUGGCUUUAGGACUUCUUCGUUAUGUGGAUGUCUUUAAGAAGGGUUUCAUAUUUGGCUAAUGGUAACUUCCUGAACAUUACUGUAUCAAGAGAAGGUGAUGGUGGUGGGAGCUGCUACCUUCUGGACGUACCAUGUAUAUAAGAAUUUUAAGGAAUAAGGAGGCAUCAGUGCGGGAGGCAUAUUCAGAUCUAAUGGCACAGAAAAAUAGCACAACUGAUGAGAACAGAAAACUCAUGGGAAAGGUAAAAGCACUUGAGGAGAUGCUGGAGAAUGUGAAGAAACAAAAAAUCCAAGUGGAACAGGAGCUCCCCAAACUGAGGGAAGCUGCAGAAAAUGAACGGAAGAAGCAGCAAAAGGAUAUGGAAGAGAUCUGUCUUCAAAAGACCAAGGCUGAGCAAGAAGCAAAACAGUGUCGUAUGGAUCUAGAGAACGUUGAGAAAGAGAAAGCAGAUGCAAAGCAGGAGUUGGAGUGUGUAAGGCAGCUCAUUUUUCAGGCAGAGACACAAAGAAAUAUAUUGGAAGAAAAUCUUCGAGCUUUUCGAAAUCAAAUAGAAGAAAGCACCUUUACCAGAAGAAAUCUUGAAGAACAUUUAAGAAGGAAAGAUACUAAUCUUCAUGAUUUAGAGCAGCAAAAAAAAACCCUCAUGCAGGAGCUGAAGCAAAAAACAGAAGGAGAGGAGAAACUUAUGAAACUGAUAAAGCAAAUGGAGGAAGAUCUUGAGUUUAAAGGGUAUCUAUCAGAAAUAAACCUGCAAGCAAAAGAGAAGACUGAAACCAAAAGGAAAGUUGUUGGAGGCAGGUACACUGUGACUAGAGAAACUUCCCUGCCAACUUACACAGCUGGGCAAGGCAGCCAGUGUAGGAUUGAUUCUGAAAUUACAAGUUUCCAGAAGAAACAAGAAGCAAAAAAAGUAGAAGAGCUUAAGCAUAAGGUGGAUGAGCUAAUCCUUGCUAACAAAAAAGCUGAUAAAACCAUAAAAGACCUCAAAUAUGAAUUAAAUGAAAUCGAGCUUCAGAAAUCAUCAACAGAAGAAAAGUGUCGUUUAUUAAAAGAAAAAUUAGAUGAAGCCAAUAGUGAACUUAAAUGCCUAAAAAUCAAAUUGGAGGAAAAAGACCAAGUAGAGCAAAGCUAUCUGCAACAGCUGAAAGAACUUGACAAGCAACUACAUAGAACCACAAGUAAAGCUGAAGAGGUAAUGCAAGAAGCUAUAGAUCUUAAGCAAAUUAAGAUGAACUAUCAGGAGGAACUGAAAUCUGUUCAGCAGGAAAAGAUACAACUAAAAAGAGAAGUAGAGGAAUUAAGUAGAUCACAAGCAAAAACUGAAAUCACUAUCAAACAUUUAAAUUCACAAAUCAGUUCUCUUCAAAAAGAGACACUGGAAGCUGAACACAGAAUGCAGUCAUGCAAAGGAGAAGCAAAUUAUCUUCAAGACCAGUAUAAGAAAAUUCAGGAGCAAUUGCUUCAUAAAACAAGAAAAGAAGAAGAAAACCUGCAGGAAAUUCAGAUGCUAAAGAAUGAAUUAGCCAAGAGCAAUCAGAUGUCGGAAACAUUGAAACGAAAGAUAGAGGAUCUUAAUAAAUGGAAUACUGAAACAAAACUACGGAUGAAGCAAAUUCAAUCCGAGUCAGAGAAGAUGACUUUGGAAAAACAAAGUAUUCAGAGGAAAAAUGAUGCAUUAAAAACCCUAGCAGAUGGUUUCAAAGAGCAACUGCGUACAACAAAUGAACAACUGCACAAACAAACCAUUAUGGAGCAAGAAUUCAUAUGUAAGAUCAAAAGCCUAGAAGAUGAUCUUGGUAAAACAAAAGACUUAGUUAGUGAAUAUAAACAGAAAUCUGAUAAACAAAAUGCUUCUGCUCUAACCGCUGACCUAGAGAUUAAAAAUCUAAAUGCCCAAGUGUGUGCUCUAACCACAGAAAAGAGAGUGAAUGAGCAGAAAAUACAGCUGCAAGAAGUUCAUAUACAAGAGCUAAGUAGUAAACUAAAAAAAUUACAGGACGAACUGCAUCAGAAGACUCUGGAUGAACAAAUGGCACGCAAGAAAAUGAUUCUGUUUCAGGAAGAGUCAAUCAAAUUUAAGCACUCGGCAGAGGAAUUCAGGAAGAAAGUAGAAAAAUUACUGGAAUCUCAUAGCAUCACAGAAAAGGACAUUUCUGGCAUAAAAUUAGAGUGUGUUGCUCUUCAACAGGAAAAACAUUUGGCUGAGGAAAGCAUCAUGCUGUACAAGAAACAGAUUGAAGAUCUGCAAGAAAGGCUUAAAAAAUGUCAAGAACAACUACAACAAGGAAAGCAUGCUGAAAUGGACUAUCAUCAGAAGUGCAGGAAACUUGAGGAAGAGUUGGAAGUGCAGAAGCACCUGGUUGAGGAUGUGAAACAGAAGAUGGACCUGCAGGUCAAGGAAAGUGAACAUAGGUUUCUUUUGUUUCAGAAUGAACUUCAACAGGACAAUAAAAUCAAAGAUUGUGGAUUUAAAAUGAGCUGUGAGAGAAGAGGAAAUGAAUUGAAUUACCUGAAUGACAGCUCAUCUAGGGAAUCUGAACAGCAUCCUUCACAUGUAAGACCUUGUUCACCUUUGUUAAGGCAGAAACAAGAGAGAACAAGUUUUAAAUCUGAUCAAAUAGAAGAAAAUACACUGUAUGUGAGUGCUGAUGAUACAAUACCAAGGGAGGUGCAGUUCCAGAUGUCAAGAAUAAAUCAAUCACUAGAAGAUGCAAGAUCACAAUCCUAUACAGAGUUUGUUUCUCAAACAAGUACGCAGUUCCAGAUAACCUUUGAUAAAUCAAGUGAAAUCACUGGAAUAUCUGAAAGAGACAAAUUGAGAAACAGGAACCUACACAGUUCCAGACAAACAAGUAGGCCUGGAGAAGACAUGAAACUUGAAUUAGGAUUAGUAAAAGUGCAUCCCUUGGAGAUAGCGAAGAACAAGCAGUAUGACAUGCAUGUUGAAGUUACAACAUUAAAACAAGAGAAUGACAAGACAUUUGGUAAUGAAGAGAGAAUGUUUGAGGGAUACAAAACAUCUGAAGGGUUUAGGAGAGAAGACUUUGCAAAGAUGAAUUCUUUCUUAGGAGAAGAGAUUUUGAGAACUGUUGAUAUUGCUACUCAGUUGGAAUGUUUUCCAGAAGAAUAUGAUGAUAUUAAAUUUCAAGGUCUUCGACGUGAUGUAACUGCCAGACAAUUGAUUGAAGUUAAACUUCUAGACAGGCUUACUGUUGAGCAUCUCCAUUCAGGGCAGAAAACUAUUGACGAGGUUCAGAAAAGUCUUGAAAAAUUUUUAACUAAACCUACAGCUAUAGCUGGAGUGUACCUUGAAUCCAGCAAAGAAAUACUGUCUUUUUCUUUAGCAACAAAGAGAAGAAUCAUAGGGAAGGCAGUGGCAUUAGCAUUUUUAGAGGCCCAAGCAGCUACUGGUUUCAUCAUUGAUCCUACAACAGGUCAGAAAUUCUCUGUUGAUGAUUCAGUUGUUAGAGGGCUUGUAGAUAGUGAAUUCAAGAGUAGACUGCAUGAAGCAGAAAAAGCUGUUUUGGGAUAUUGCUGUUCUGGUAAAGUGGUAUCUGUGUACCAAGCUAUGGAAGCUCGACUUCUAGAAAGAAAAAAGGGUAAAAAUAUCCUUGAAGCUCAAAUUGCAACUGGGGGGGUUAUUGACCCCAUAAGAAGUGUUCGUGUACCUCCAGAAACUGCAGUGCAGCUUGGCUUGCUUAAUAAUACGAUUCUGAAGUUUUUGCAUGAACCUUCUAGUAAUGUGAAAUGUUUUCAUAAUCCAAACAACAGGAAAGCUAUGUACUACUGUGAUUUGCUAAAAAUGUGCUUGUUCAGUGUUAGCAGUAAUUGUUUACUGCUUCCAAUUGGUGAAAGGAGAAUAAGCAGCCCAUCGGCAGAGAAAAGUCAUAGAAUUUCUGUAGUAGACAUCAAAACAGGAGCUGAAAUGACUUCCUAUGAGGCUUAUAAAAAAAGAAGUGUUGAUAAAGCUACGUAUCUUGAGCUUUCAAAACAGGAAUUUGAUUGGAAGGAGUCUACGUGUUUUGAUUCAGAUGGGAGUUCUUUUAUUUUGCUUACAGACCAUAAAACUGGUGUGCAGUUAAAUAUUGAGGACGCCAUCAAUCAGGGUAGAAUUGACAGAGCAUUAGUCAAUAAAUACAAAGAGGGCUUAAUCACAGUUAGUGAGUUGGGAGAUAUUUUACUUAGCAGUUCACAACCAAAGAAAGACCUAAACAGUCCAAUCGCAGGAUUUUGGCUUUCUGAAACCAAUGAAAGAAUUCCAGUUUUAAAAGCCUCACGCAGAAAUCUGGUAGAUAGAGUUACAGCCCUCAGAUGUCUUGAAGCUCAGGUCAGCACAGGAGGCAUAAUUGAUCCAUUCACUGGGAAAAAGUACAGUGUUUCAGAAGCUUUGCAAAGGGAAUUAAUUGAUGAUGGUUGUGCCAAGCAGAUUCAGCAAUGUGAACUAAUCUUUACAGGGAUCAUUCACCCUGUAAGGAAUACAGUUAUGUCAGCUGUUGAAGCUAUGAGUACAAAUGCCCUAGACAAGGAAAUGGGUAUGCGCUGCCUGGAGUAUCAGUACCUGACUGGUGGGUUGAUAGAUCCGAAAUCUCAUUCCAGAUUGACAAUGGAAGAUGGGAUUAAGUGUGGUGUUAUUGAUGCCAUCACAGCUACAAAGGUGAAAGAUGAAGAUUUGUAUGUUAAAGUUAUCACAUGCCCCAAAACAAAGAAGAAGCUAACCUACAAAGAGGCUUUAGAGAGUGCUGUUUUUGAUUGCCACACUGGCCUACGAUUGUUAGAAGCAGCUCAGCCCAUGAAAACAGGAAUUUCUAGUCUGUACUAUGCUUCAUAAUAGAGAUGAUAGUACUUAUUUGAGGCCUGAUUUAAAAUCGAUUCAAGUUAAGGAAAAGGUCUACAAUGACUUCUAUGAAAGUUGUAGAUCAUGUUGUCUGAUGGAGUUGCUUUGAAACUAAUUAGUUUAAACAGCUAAUUAGUAUACACUGGUAACCUGGAAUUAGGUAUUACUUGCUAUAAAGUGUAAAUCUUUAGGUAAAGUAAGGCAAAUUAGUAAUGUCAAAAAGCAGAGUGUGUUCAGGGUGUAUCCGAAGGCUUUAUCAGAUGUUACCUUCAUGUAGGCAUUAUAAACUGGAAGUUACAAAUCAGUGAAGCUACUGUAUAUGUGGAAUGCAUACAUUUAGGUGAGACGAGUCAGAUUCUUCCAUUAAAAACUGAAGAGAGUGCCCAUUUUGUGAGUGAAGACAAUGCAGUAUUUCAUACAAUUACUUCAUUUAGUAUUACAAAUCAGUUUGCAAAUGUAAUUUAUUGUACAAGGGUGGCAAAACAGUGUACAAGAGUUAAAUCUGCAAUUCAGUAAGCAAGCAAAUAUUUUUUCUCACACUGAUAUUUUAUUAAUUUAAUGGGCUACUCACAUCAUAAAAUUUCAUAUCCUGUUUUUUUUUUCCCUACACUUCAGGUAACUUAACAGUAUUUUUUUGUACUUUAAUAGGCAAAUGAAUUACAGUUGCAUGUCCAGUUAAAAAAAAAUCCAUUGAAAUAAAAUAUUUUCAUUUUCACUUGUUGCACAUGGAAGGGCUCAGAUGUGUUUUCUAAGUAUUGCUAAACUUCAAACUACUGACAUAUUGUGUUACUAUGAAAAACAUAUGUAUUUUCCUAUGCAGAAAAGUACAAUUUUACUUUUAUUGUCCUUGUUUCUGUUGACAUAGAAGCAAUGUAUUCUUCUGAGCUGUAAUUUAGUAAUCCAUGUCUAUAGAUUGGUGAUACUGAUAUCCUAUGCUGGCUGUAGAUAUCCACUCCUGAGGGUAAUGCAAAGGCAGCAAUUCAGAGAUGCUUUAUAUGCAAAUGUUGUUUAGGUUUCAUCUGCUGAGUAAUUGCCUGUGCUUUUUCUUCAUAUCAAUCAUUGUGUAAUGAAUGUACAUGUGUAUGAAUAAGCAUUUCUUGAUUAGGAAUCUUUUGAGGAAUUGUUCUGUUAAUGUCAAUAACAAUGUGGCAUUUUUGUUCCUACAUCAAAGUGUCGUAGUAAUGCAUGUGGUAAUAAUAAAAGAAAAUCACUUUAAGGGUAUGUGGUAAUACUGCCAUUUUGGUAGAACUGUGUUUCUAUUGAUAAGAAUGUUAAAUAUUCCUACAACUUACAUUUACACGUGUUUUACAAUUUGUGAUGCUCAUCAGAGGUCAAUGGAAGAAGAAAAAAAAGAACACGUUGAGAAGGCUGGGGAUUUACUGAAAUGGGUGUCAAACCUCAGCAAGACA